GUGUAGAGAUAAAUCUAUAAAGACUGAGUCUAUUGUUUCAGGUUUGGUGACUGUAACGCGAUGUCCAGUGAGGAGGAUGGACAGGUGUGGUUGUAUGGAUAAAUCUACUAUAAAGACUGAGUCUAUUGUUUUAGGUUUGGCGAUUGUCGCGAUGUCCAGUGAGGAGGAUGGACUGGAGUGGUUGUAUGGAUAAAUCUACUAUAAAGACUGAGUCUAUUGUUGUUUUAGGUUUGACGACUGACGUGAUGUCCAUUGAGGAGGAUGGACUGGAGUGGUUGUAUGGAUAAAUCUACUAUAAAGACUGAGUCUAUUGUUGUUUUAGGUUUGACGACUGUGACGUGAUGUCCAGUGAGGAGGAUGGACUGGAGUGGUUGUACGAGUUACUGCAGGAAGUCCAACUAGAACAGUUCUACUCCAAACUGAGAGAUGACCUCCAGGUCACCAGGAUUGUUCACUUCGAGUAUGUCAAGUCGGAGGACCUGGAGAAGGUUGGAAUGGGAAAACCAGCCAUCAGGAGACUUCUGGAUGCUGUCAAACGCAAGAAGGCUGUCAAGAAGAAGGGUGGAAUUCUUGACAAGAUAUUACCCAGCAACAAGACAGCUGAGAAAUCGUCGUGUAAGAAGGUCGUACAGAAACCCACGGUGUCGGGCGAUCAUUCCCUCACGUGUUUGAUCGACCAGAAAUUCCUGCACAUCUACGAAAAACUCGGCAAUGGCUCGUUUGGGGUUGUGAAGCGAGGCGAGUGGAUAACACCAGCUGGACCAAAGAAAAGUGUUGCCGUGAAGAUUCUCCGCAAUGAUGCGCUGUCUCUGCCGGGUGCGUUUGAAGACUUCGUGAAGGAAGUGAACUCCAUGCACAUGCUGAACCACCCGAACCUCAUCCGGCUGUUUGGGGUGGUGCUGUCCUCCCCCCUCAUGAUGGUGACAGAGUUAGCUCCCUCGGGUGCUCUUCUCGAUAAGUUACGUAAACACGAUGAGAACAAGAUGCUGCUGACCGUCCUGUGUGAGUACGCGAUACAGAUCGCAACGGGGAUGAGCUACCUGGAGACGAAGAGAUUCAUCCACCGGGACCUUGCCUGUCGCAACAUUCUGCUGUCACCACCUGACAAGGUGAAGAUCGGAGACUUUGGACUGAUGAGAGCUCUACCCAGCCAGGAAGAUCAUUAUGUGAUGUCAGAACACAAGAAAGUUCCAUUUGCCUGGUGUGCGCCGGAGAGUCUGAAGUCUCGUCAGUUCUCGCAUGCUAGCGAUACCUGGAUGUUCGGCGUCACACUGUGGGAGAUGUUCACCUUCGGCCAGGAGCCGUGGAUGGGAUACAACGGCUCACAGAUUUUGCAGAAGAUCGACCGAGAAGGUGAGCGGCUGCCCAUGCCAGAGUUCUCUCCCUCUGAUAUUUACCAGCUCAUGCUGCAGUGCUGGGCUCACAAGCCACAGGACCGGCCAACCUUCCCAGCUCUUAAAGACUUCCUCUGUGAGGUACGACCACUGGAAAUGCGAGUAACUCAGAAGUUUGAAGAGACCGACCACUUGGCCAGUGAAGAAGGGGAUAUCAUCCUUAUCAUAGACGGAAGACCAGACCGAUACUGGUGGAAGGGCCAGAACAAAAGAACUGCCGACAUUGGAACAUUCCCUCGUAACAUUGUCAACCCAGAAAGAAAACUUGCAGGUCAAGAUAUUAGUCAGCCACUGAAGAACAGUUUCAUUCACACCGGCCAUGGCGACAUCGGGGGAAACACCUGGGGCGACCCCACCGCUAUUGAUGAGGUGUAUUUGCGAAAUCCUAUGGAACCUCCUGACUUGAGUGGAAAUGUUGAAGAUGUGAGCCCAACAAAACUGCCUGACCGCAGUCAGAAAAAAUUCGGCAAACAUUUCAACUACUCAAAACUAGAAAACGAGCAGACAGAGUCCUGUGAAGAAACCAUUAUUUCCCCUAAACCGACUCCCCUAGCUGCUGUAUCUGGAACACCACGCGACUCGUCGCAUCGACCGCAGACGAGACCAAACUCUCAUAAAUUGGAGGUGGAGAAACCUCUGAUAGAUCUAAGCGAAGACUCCGAUCACGUGCCGUCCGCGGAUCAGUCUGCGUCGACGAUAAAGACGUCUCGCAGCACUCUGUCUCUCUUCGACUCGCUGUGUACAUACAACACGAGUCUGUACGGAAACAUUGAACUGCCGAAGCCGUUACUGGCGGCCGACCGACAGACGGACGAUCCGUUUGAGGUGAAGCCGUGUCUGAAAGUCUAUUCAUCGACAAACCUGACUAGUCAUUCCUUCAAAGCCGACUCAAGCAGCAGCAGUUCGUUAAAGACGUCCUCGACUCACCUGGUUCAGAAACCGAGCGUCGUCGAUUGUUUGGCUCUGUCGCAACACAGGAGUCCCGGGGGAGAUGCGUACUACUCGGUUCCCCCCAACGAGGAUUGCGUGUAUCACAGAAUAAACAAAGUGUCGAAGGAUCCAUUAUUUCACGGUCAGUCUUCAUCGGUGGAUCGGCCGCAUGCAGUUUCAGGGCCUCCCGACGAUGAGUUGCUGAGGACAACAAAUAAAGAUUUUGGCAACUCAAAGGAUGCGAAACAUUACAGUGAUAAAACAGACAAUUCAUUUGACUCUGAUUUUGCGUCGUCAUUUCGGCCGACGGUUUCUCCAAACAGAAAGCAGCUGUCAAGUUUCGACCAAUCAUCGGCUUCUCGUCAUUCAUUCAACUCGACAAAAUCAUCUUCAUCUGUUUCGGCGGAUUUCAGAUCGCAGACAUACACGCAGUCGCUUCCCACUCAAAGACAUCGGCCGGCCAGUGCACACGUCGGCGAAGUGACAGAGUUUUUUAACAAAUCGCAGUUUAGGUCAUCGUCGUCAUGUUCAAAUACUAAUCAGUCUUACUCUGUGGCAUCGUCGAGAUUGCAGGCAUCACAACAUCAGCAGCAGCAGCAGCGUAAACUGUCUGGACCUGCAUCAUCGUCGACAGGUGAAAAAGCAACAUCAUCAUCAUUACCAUCAUCAUCAUCAUCAUCAUCAUCAUCAUCAUCAUCAUCAACAUCAUCAUCCUCAGCUGCUAAAUCUCACUUGCCAGCCAGUGCCCAGAGAGUUUUCCCUCCUGGCAACUUCCAACCCAAUCCAAAUUGUUUAUCUUCAUCGCCGAGUGUCUCCAGUCGAACAGACUCUACCACAGAGAAAGCGUUUGAUUGGAUUAACGAUGCGAUGAGUGAUUUUGCUUUAGCGAGAGCAGGGAAAACCAGUGGUGCAAGCACGCCAAACGUGGCACCUCUAUACGAUGAAGUUCCUAACGAAGAGAACGCCGUUUGCAAGGGCUCAGUGAAGAGAGACAGUGGUUAUGUGUCGGCUAGAGUGGAACAGGAGAAUAUCGAAAAGCUGGCAAAGAUAAUGUGGGCUAAGAAAAAGGGUUCUGGGGGGAUGGAUCACGCACACAGACUACGUCCAAGGUUGAACGUAAAUCGGCCUUCACAAGGAAAUCCCGUUUUCUUAGCACCGCAAUACGAUCAGGUACCAACAAGCGUGGAACCAGGCGACAUUCGGAAUGUCACUUCCAACAAUACUCACAACACGGAGAAUCGGUCAUUUGAGAAUUUCGCGCCAAAUGAAAUGGACGAAUUUGAAUCGGACGACGGUUUCGACGAUGAUGAAUUCGAUGAUGUCGAAUCGGAAUACGAUGCCUGUCCACAGGACGGACCGCCUCCGCUUCCUCCGAGAGAUUAUAGGGAGGACGGGGCCAACAGGGUGGCUCUGCCGGAGGGUCCGAAAAUCUACCCAGUGGUGAGCGACGGUCGACAGUUGAGCCACACCCAUUACUUCCUGAUUCCGGCGAAAGGAUCAGCGUCACGGUCCAACAUGGCCGAAGUGAAACCAUUCAUGGUUGGUGGGAGUCAUCAAGGAUCUGACCAGACCGAUGGUGAUAUGCAGUAUCAGAAUAUUCCAUAUACGACGGCGGAAUCGGAGGUUAAUUCGGGGAAGGAGAAUCCUUCGUUUUCAUGGUCGGUCGCUCCGGGGCUGAAGGGAUCGGACUACUCACAGAAUUCCACGAACCAAAGGUCUCAAAACGUUCCGUCGACAAAACACACGGCACAGGUACACGGAACACAGGACAGUCCUUCCCAACCUCGUCUACGGCAGAUCAUUCCACGGUCGAAACCAGCGGAAAAGACUACAGAAAAUGCUCGUCAGAUCACGCGAUACCCAAGACAACAGUCGGGGCCACUCCCUCCACAACAGCAGUCGGGGCCGCUCCCUCCACGACAACAGUCGGGGCCGCUCCCUCCGCACAGAGCCAGUCAUGCACAAGACAUUGUCAAACAGUCGGCGGACAGGUCGGGAGGAGGUGAUGGAGGGGGAGGGGGAACGUUCGUGAGCUCGUCUCCACGGGAACGGCUGGCGCAGGUGCAGACGAGCGUGCUAGGGGUGACAGACGAGGAGUGCCACACGGCGCUGUGCCACACCCACUGGGACACGGACCAGGCCAUCCGCUACCUCAAGGUGGAGCAACUGUUCAGACUCGGGCUCGCGUCCCGCGACCACUGCGAGCGGCUCCUCGAAGCACUACACUGGAACCUGGAGCUGGCCAGUUCCGUGAUGUUGGAUGAGGUGCGUGGCAGUGUGCAGUGCGAGUCCACUGUGUGA